CGUACCGUUUGCACGUACUUUCCUGUCGGAAUCGCGCAGUGUCCGCAUUUCAGUGUUUCAAAAAUCUCGUUCGUUUUUCAAAACUACACAUUACAAUGGCCACCUACGCCCAGUUCAAGCACGUCGAGCUCUACAAGAUCGGUCAUGGAAAGAACAGAGUUCCUAAUGCACCCAAGAGCUGCAUCGCUGAGAUUUUCAACGGCGACACUACAGACGGAGGCAGCCCCGUGAAGAACGGCUCCUCACGUCCACGCGUCGCGAGGGACACUCCGACACGUCCACGUGACACGCAUACCAGACUCUUUGGACAGGUGAAGAACGCCGGCAACUCAUCAGUCGCACCAAUGAUCACGGAUACCAUACGCAGCCACAUCCAGUUUGGGGACAGCGAGAUGAACGGCAGCCCAGCCCACUCCCCCAAGAUCAAUGGAAGUGCCUCCUCCACGCCCAGCCGAGGUGAGACGGAGCCCGCCGACCACUUAUCGUACACGCCACCGAGGAGGAAUCCGGUAACCGGGGACGGAGUGCCCUUGCCGACGCCGCGUCGUCGACACCCGGCCGCCAGCCUGCGAGAAGGCAACCCGAUCACUGGAGACGGCUACAAAUCACUGAACGGCCAGAUCAACACAGUCACAUCAAUAAACGGGAAUAGCAGCAUCCUGCAUAACCGCGUACCCCCCGGCGGGUUCUCAUCGGGACUCUGGUAGACUACUCCACUCCUGAACGAAUAACAGCGGCCAAAAUAUCAAUCGCCGCACGUUAACUGGCCGUUGAUACUCUUAAAUUUCGAACGAUUCUAAUUGGAAUAUACAUAAUGUCAAUUUUGUAUUUUAUUAACAGACAGUAACAUUAUAAAAAACAUUUAGAAAAGCAGAUUGGAAAACUAUUAGUAUAUUACUAUCUUGCUCUUCUAAUUGGGUCAUGAAGGAAGGUAAACUUUUAGAUCAUUCUAUUUUAAUAACAUACUUCAGCACCUAUUCUAAUUAGAAUCGCAAUUUUGAUCGGAAAUAGAUAUUGAUAGAUGGAUUUGCGGUGCAUAACAACGCAUUUAUUUCAUAUUCAUGACAUGAUAACUGUAACUCUUAAAAUAAAAUUAAUAAGUAGAAUUUGAAUAGUUAAGAAUAAUAACUUGCACAGAUAAAAAAAACAACGUCCACAAAUAUAACAGAAAGGGUAUUUGUUGUUCAUAAAGUCCUUAGCCUGUCCCAGUAACAUUUUAUUGGUAUAAUUUUAGAAUAGACUAUAGAUAUUUUUGUAAUAGUAACAUUUCGAUAGAGUUAAAAUCAUUUGGUGGGGAGAUUUGAAUUUGCAAUCAACAUACCUGGCAACAAUUCGCUCAAAUACUUUGUUAUAAGAAAGGCUGUAAAGUAGCAAGAUUUCAGAUGUAAAAUAAAAUAUAAUGCACGCGUGAAAGAAAAUGGAAAUCGCAGUUGAUUUAAAAUUCAAAUCCUUCUGCCACUUUAUUUAAGAACAUUAAAAUUGUAAUCUAUCACACUUGUAAGCGCAUGUAACGGCUAUUGAUAUUGAGAAUUAGGAGUGAGGAUACGUAUCAGCAAUAUACCAAAACGAAUAGUGCCUUGAUUGGGUGUUGAAAUUGAAAAUUCUAUAAGAAUCCUGAGUACGAUUGUGGGUGGAAGCAUAUGUGUUAUAACAAAAAAGACAGUGAUUAUAUUAUCUAUAUUUCACAGUAUAGAAAUAAUAAUCAUGCGGCACUCGGACUAAGUAUAUUGAUAAUAUAAAUUACGUAACUUAAUAUUCGACACUAUUUAUAUAAUCUUAAUCUCGUUUGUUGAAUUUCAUUAUCGUAAUUUAAAAAUAGAAGGUUUAUAGAAUGCAUUUAUUUUGUCUGUUUAUACAUUUUUUAGUUUAUUUUCUACUCGUUUAGAGUUAAAUGUAAAUGUUUGAAUCUUGGUACAUUAUCUGUUAACAAAUUAAUGGACCACUGUGUUGUGUAUUUAUAUAGGCGGUGUUAUUUGUAUUAAGUAAUUUAACUGUCGUUUAAAAUUAGCAUAUCAUCUUUGUAAAAACGUUUAAUGUCUAACACAAUGUCGCUGCCACGGGCCUAACUUUAACAAUAAAUAAUUAAUGUUAAUAGAUAAUAACCACUAUUUCAAAAUAAAGUUUUUUUAAUUAUUUUAAUAUUUUUCAAUCUGAACACACAUUUACCUUUUAAGACUUAAUUCAGUAUCCUUGAGAAGAGCGAC